GAAGGAAAGAACGAUAGAAAGCCAACCAUGCGAGAGAAGUUGAGCAAAGGAGGAGAGGAGAAUAAGGUGUCUCUCUUGGACUGAUUCGUUGAGAUCGCAUCUCUCUCUCUUUCUCUCUUUCAAUGUGUGGGAGAGAGAGAAACAAAGGAAGCAAAAUAAGGAGGAAAACAAAAGAAAGUUGGUGAAAACAAAGUGGGGAAGGGGACUCUCUUUUAUCUAUCUAUCUAUCUCGUUUCUCUUCAUUGAAGAAUCCGCCUUGGUUUGAGGGGAGCCUCUCUCUCUCUCUCUUCGUUUCAUGCUCCUGGUGUGUGCACGUUAAUUAACCCCGCCCGUCCCAACACAUCUCUCCAUACACCAUUCUCUUCCUCUGUCCUCCUUCACUGCCACCUUUCCCCUCUUUAAUUUAUAUCUCUGUCUCUCUCUGCAUCUCUUUCUCUUUAUUACCAACAAUGGCUGUUCAAGCUCAAUACCCAUCAAAUAUUUUGCUCCUGAACAGAACCGGGCAGGAUCGAAAUAACGCGCUUGGAAGUGAUUACUCUCUGCAACCUCAACCGGGAGGAUUUCUCGACCAGUCUCAUAUGUUCUUCAGCAAUGGAGUGGGCACCAACCCACGCAAGAGAGGCAGAGAAGCUUUCGCCGCUGCUGCGGCAACUGGGGCACCUAUCAAUCUAUUCUCUCCGCAAUCCCAUACUCCACAGACGCUGGUGAACCUCUCUCAACUCCAUAACCAACAACUCAAUGUCGUCUCUACCGGCCUUCGUCUGGCUUUCGGAGACCAACAACAACAACAUCAACAUCACCAUCAACAACAACAACAGCAACAGCAGCAGCAACAGCAGACUCUUGUUCUUCCCUCUUCGGUUAUCUCAUCCUUUCUAACAGAAGAUCUCGCUGCUCAAGUCAAGCAACAGAGAGACGAAAUUGAUCAAUUCCUUCAAGCCCAGGGGGACCAAUUGAGGCGCACAUUAGCGGAGAGACGACAGAGGCACUACCGUGCGCUACUGGGCGCAGCGGAGGAAUCUGCAGCGCGAAGACUGAGGGAGAAGGAUGCGGAGGUGGAGAAAGCAGUGCGGAGACAUGCUGAGCUGGAAGAGCGAGUGGCGCAGCUUAGAGUAGAGGCGCAGGUUUGGCAAGCCAAGGCAAGGCAACAAGAGGCCACAGCGGCGUCCCUACAGGCUCAAAUUCAGCAGGCUAUGAUGGGCAGCGGUGUGCCGGAUAACCGAGAAGAUGGACUCGGGUGCUCCGGUGAGGCGCAUCCGCAUCAUGCAGAAGAUGCCGAGUCAGCUUACAUUGACCCGGAGCGAGUCGUAUCGUCCGGCCCAAUGUGUAAAGCGUGUCGGAGAAGACCCGCGUCGGUGGUACUGUUGCCGUGUCGGCAUUUCUGCCUCUGUACGGAUUGUGAUGCUGCCGCCGAAGCCUGUCCUCUCUGCCUCACUCCCAGAAGCGCUAGCGUUGAAGUCUACCUCUCGUGAGGCCCAAGCCCACGGCCCAGUUCCAGGCCCAUGCCAGCCGACGUAGUAGCACUGAAGUACAUAGUAAACAAGAAAAAAAAGCAAGUAAAAAAAAUCGAUUAAUUUUAAAUAAUUAAAAAAACAUAAAGUACAGAGAUUUCUCUCUCUGAGCUCUCUUUUUUCUUUUUCUUUUUUGAAAAAAAAAAUCCACCAAGACUCAAAUUUUGAGUUUUUUUUCUUUUGGGUGGAGAACCUGGAGGUCUCUUGGGGUAAUGUACAUGGGUGAUGCCAUCUUUUCUUUUCUUUUUUUUUUUUUUUUAAUUUAGUUUGG